AUGCGCAGCCGGAGCAACUCGGGCGUGCUGUUGGACGGCUACGCGCGCUUGGUGCAGCAGACCAUCCUCCGGCAUCAGGACGCGGUAACAGGUCUGCUCCCCGCCAGCGCCGACCACCGGGAUGCCUGGGUCCGGGACAACGUCUACAGCAUCCUGGCUGUUUGGGGGCUGGGUCUGGCCUACCGCAAGAAUGCCGACCGCGACGAGGAUAAGGCCAAGGCUUACGAGCUGGAGCAGAGUGUGGUGAAGCUGAUGCGGGGGUUGCUCCAGUGCAUGAUGAGACAGGUGGACAAGGUGGAGGCAUUCAAGUACAGCCAGAGCACCAGGGACUGCCUGCAUGCCAAGUACAACACCCACACCUGUGCCACUGUGGUGGGGGAUGAUGAGUGGGGUCACCUACAGUUGGAUGCCACCUCCCUCUAUCUACUCAUGCUGGCACAAAUGACGGCCUCAGGCCUCCACAUAAUUCACAGCCUGGAUGAAGUCAACUUUAUCCAGAACCUUGUGUUUUACAUUGAAACAGCCUACAAAACUGCGGACUUUGGAAUAUGGGAGCGUGGGGACAAGACGAACCAGGGCAUCACCGAGUUGAAUGCUAGCUCUAUUGGCAUGGCCAAGGCUGCCCUGGAGGCACUGGAUGAGCUGGAUCUCUUUGGGGCAAAGGGAGGCCCACAGUCAGUGAUACGGGUGCUGUCAGACGAGGUCCAGCACUGCCAGUCCAUCCUCCACUCAAUGUUGCCCAGGGCCUCUACAUCCAAGGAGGUGGAUGCCAGUGUGCUGUCUGUCAUCUCCUACCCAGCGUUUGCUGUGGAGGACAGCGAGCUGGUGGAAAUCACCAAGCAAGAGAUCAUCACAAAGCUACAGGGGCGCUAUGGCUGCUGCCGCUUCCUCAGGGAUGGAUACAGGACCCCCAAAGAGGACCCCAACCGCCUCUACUAUGAGCCUGCUGAGCUUAAGCUGUUUGAGAACAUCGAGUGUGAGUGGCCUCUCUUCUGGGCAUACUUGAUCAUUGAUGGGAUUUUCAGUGGAAACAUGGAGCAGGUGGAGGAGUACCGGGAAGCCCUUGAGGGGAUUCUCAUCAAGGAGAAGAAUGGGGUGUGCCUGGUGCCAGAGCUGUACUCUGUCCCACCAGAUAAGGUGGAUGAGGAGUACAGAAACCCCCACACUGUGGAUAGAAUACCCAUGGGCAAGCUGCCACUCAUGUGGGGGCAGUCCCUCUACAUCCUGGGCUGCCUGCUGGCUGAGGGGUUUCUUGCUCCUGGUGAAAUAGAUCCACUCAACCGCCGGUUUGCAACUGUCCCCAAGCCUGAUGUGGUGGUCCAAGUGUGCAUCCUGGCAGAGACAGAGGAGAUCAAGGCUGUCCUGCUGAAGGAGGGCAUUGACGUGGAGACUGUGGCAGAUGUCUACCCCAUCAGAGUGCAGCCAGCUCGCAUCCUCAGCCACAUCUAUGCCCGGCUGGGCCGCAACAACCAGAUGCGCCUGACGGGACGGCCCUACCGGCACAUGGGUGUCCUUGGGACCUCCAAGCUCUAUGACAUCAGGAAGAACAUCUUUACCUUUACCCCACAGUUCAUAGACCAGCAGCAGUUCUACCUGGCUCUGGACAACAACAUGAUUGUAGAGAUGCUGAGGACAGACCUCUCAUACCUCUGCAGCCGCUGGAGGAUGACCGGGAGACCGACCAUCACCUUCCCCAUCUCCCACACCAUGCUUGAUGAAAGCGGCACCAGCGUGCACCCCACGGUGCUGGGGAUGCUGCGGAAGCUGCAGGAUGGCUAUUUCGGUGGUGCAAGGAUCCAGACGGGUAAGUUGUCGGAGUUCCUGACAACGUCAUGCCGAACGCACCUCAGCUUUAUGGACCCUGGGCCAGAGGGUAAGGUCUUUGCCGAGAGUUACGAGCUCAGCAUUGACAGCUUUCAGGAGCUAGACGCCGAGGAGUGGCUGCAUGGGUAUUCCUCCAGCUCAUCUGUCAGGUGCUGGCAUGAGGUUGCUCAGUACUUGGACCACCUGCUGCAGCACACAGUUCCCCAUUCAAACCUCCCUCCCACUGCCCAGCAGGGAGGGCUGGGCCGCUUCCGGGCUGCCGUCCACACCACCCGUGACCUCAUGUUCCUGGCGUCCAAGGCCAAGGACCUUCAUGUCCAGAAUGUUGGGAUGUAUGUCCCCAGCAAGAUCUUCCAGGCAUCCCAGCAGUCAGUCAAGUUGCUGAGUUCACCUGACCCGCAUGAUGCAGAUGGCAAGGGCCACACACCCUAUGCAGAGAUGAACCUGCCCCGUAAUGAGGAUGGCAACGUGGACUGCAAGGCACUGGUGGACCAGCUGCGCAUCUGUCCCACGCUGCAGGAGCAAGCAGACAUCCUCUACUUACUCCACAUCCUCAAGGGGCCUGAGUGGCACACAGGGCUUGAUAGUGACCCUGGCCCCACCAUCAAGGAGCUCCUCACUGAGCUGUAUGUGCGGGUGGGGGACACAUGCCAAUGGGCCCUGAUCCGCUACAUCUCUGGCAUCCUCAAGAAGAAGGUGGAAGCUCUGGAUGAGGCCUGCACCGACCUCCUGUCUCACCAGAAGCACUUGACGGUGGGGCUGCCCCCAGAGCCACGCGAGAAAACUAUCUCCACCCCAAUCCCCUACGAGGAGCUCGUUCGCCUCAUUGAUGAAGCCAGCGAGAAGAACCUCAGUGUUUCUAUCCUCACCCAGGAGAUCAUGGUGUACUUGGCCAUGUACAUGCGCACCCAGCCUGCACUCUUUGCUGAGAUGUUCCGCAUCCGCAUCGGCCUCAUCAUCCAGGUGAUGGCAACGGAGCUGGCACACUCCUUGCACUGCUCGGCUAGAGAAGCCACUGAGUACCUGAUGAAUCUCAGCCCAUCAGACAUGAAGAGUCUUCUCUACCACAUCCUCUCCGGCAAGGAGUUUGGGGUGGAAAAGAGUGUGCAAUCGGUCAACUCGUCGCUCACCACUGCUGUUUCCAUCUGUGAGUUGGAGGCUGCUGGGGCCACCAAGUCUGAGCGUGUUGGCCUCGUCCGGCUGAAAAGCGAGAUCAGACAGGUGAGGGCAGUCUCUCUGGUCCUUGUUUUGUCUGCCCAGUCUGCUGGACACUCGGAGCUGCUGGGCAAGGGUUCCCUUUCAAACAUUCUGGAAGAGCAGAGUAGUAAGGACAGUCGCCAGGGCCAGUGGCAGCGGAGACGGCGGCUGGAUGGGGCCCUCAACCGUGUCCCUGUAGGCUUCUACCAGAAGGUCUGGAAGGUCUUGCAGAAGUGCCAUGGCCUCUCUGUGGAGGGCUUUGUUCUCCCCUCUUCAACAACCAGAGAGAUGACCCCAGGGGAAAUGAAGUUUGCUGUGCAUGUGGAGUCAGUCCUCAACCGUGUACCCCAACCAGAGUACAGGCAGUUGCUGGUAGAGGCUAUCUUAGUGCUCACCAUGCUUGUGGACAUGGAGGUGCACACCAUUGGCAGCAUUAUAGUUGUGGAAAAGAUCCUGCACAUGGCCAACAACCUCUUCUAUGAGGAGCAGAAGGCCCUCGGUGCUGACGAGCACAUGCUGGAGAGGGAUCCCGCGACGGGGAUCUGCUGCCUGCUGUACGACAGCGCCCCCAGCGGCCGGUUCGGCACCCUGACCUACCUGUCCAAGUCGGUGGCCAUGUACGUGUACGACUUCCUGCCCGCCGACAACUGCUCCAUGCAGUAG